AUGAGAAUUGUUGUGUUUUCGUUACCUUGGAAUGAGAUGUUAAUAUUUACGUAGGGGGUGUUUCUCAAAGUCAAGGAUCCUUCCUUGGUAGUUGGAACAGGAACAAGUGUCCCCAGGUGAUCGUCAUUAACCCUCAGUAGUGCCCUACGUCAUAGAGUGUGCCAGGGCUGACGUCAAAACCCGGAAGUUUAGCAUCGCGCUGGUUCCCAGAGAGAAAGUGAAUGUGAUUUUUGCAUUGCGUUUUGGAUUAUGUCAGAAAAUCAGCUCUGUGGCUAACACAAGUUUAUGAUACUUACAGGUUUUGUUCAGUGAGAUAAUCUUCACAUAUGAACACCUUUCAUACCGCAUUUGAAGCUUAAAUGCGAUCGCCAGAAGUAAAAAGCUAACGUUAGGCUUUAACGGACUACAUGACUACUCCACGGUCGCAUGACUCUUGACGUCACCGCCACUAAGCUUUCAACUGAUUUCGGCCGCUUUAUAUUAAAAACAUUGUAUAAUGGGGAAAUCGGACUGUUGAAGCUAAAUAAGAAGCUGUAAUGGCGGACUGCCAGCACUCUCGUCUGUUCGGGGGUGAUGACGUUUAAUGUCCCCGGCAGGGUUUGUAGUCGUAUUGAGCAACUUGUUAGCAACUGCCUUUUUUGACACGUAAAAGCUUCAGAAUUCACAAGUAGGGUAUUUACUGACGUGUUUUAUGUCGUAGAACAAAACCUGAAACUAGCUUAAGCUUUUGUUAACCACAGACCUUAUUUGAGGCAUUUUACCAAAAUCUCAUUCAAAAAACGUGUUGACUUUUAGACGAGAGAACCGGAAGUGCUAAAAGCGCUAACGGAGUCCCAGGUUUACUGGCACACUCUACUGUGAGCAUUUAUGCUUGUGAGGUGGUGUGUCUAUGUCAUUCUGCAGUUACGCCUCCAAAACACUAGUUGGGGGCGAGGGUUUCUGUGAAGUGCUGUAAAGUUUAGUUGAUUCUAAACAUACGUUAAACACACAUUAAACACAUGUUAAACACACAUUAAACAUGGCUUAAUAGAGACAGUUUCAAACACAAAUCAGCUUCACUAUAACUCGCAGCAUUCACAGACAAACACUUGUCUUUAUCUGGACACAUUUUCCCCACAAAUACAACAUGCUAACGUUAUUAGCACAAGCCUAUGGCAUUUUACAUUGUAUAAAUUAGCCUAGCAGCUAGCAGACUUUUCCUCUACUCAUAUAAAACCAGGGACAACAGCAACAUGUAACAAAGGUAACGUUACAUAAUUUGGCUCCAUUACAACUCACAAGCUUCACUGACAAAACAACUGUCUUAUACUAAACACGUUUUCCAAACAAAUACAACAUGCUAACAUUAUUAGCACAAGUCUAUGGCAUUUUAUAUUGUAUAAAUUAGCCUAGCAGCUAGCGGAGAUUAUGAGGUUCCUGUCAAUAUUUUUUUUCAUGCUUGUAUGAUUAAAAACUCGUGGAGACAUUUAUCCAAAUAAAUGACAUAUUCAUAAUUCUUUUUUUACCUGCGGUUUCUCUGCAACCUGUGACCGGUAUUCCCCGAGGCUCGACCUGAAAGAUGGAGAGUCACCACACAUCCAUCCACAAGCUUCAUCACUUCUCUGUGUCUGCAGCUGUCCACGAUUAAAAUUCCAGCUUUGGUUGUUUAGCCAGCAUAGCGCUACAGCCAACCUCCACAGCCUUGGGUGGGGCGUGUGUCCUGGAGCGUCACGUUGUCAUGUUGCCGGUCGGAUUAGUGUUUCAGACCGGCAGUUUGAAGACGUGUUUUAGUCCGACUUCCUGCAGCAGUGUUCUUGUCAUCUUUUCUCCUGACAAAAUCAAAGUAACGGGAAUGUUUACAGCUGCUUAGCGUUGGCAUUUCCUACUAGCUUGCUGCUUUAUGACGUGUCUGCGCAGUGCAACGAUUACGAAAAUUGGAUUUCAAGUCAGUAGUGAUGUGAUUACAAAAGUAAUUGUAAGUAAUUGUAAUUGUAAUAUUAUAACUGAAAGAGUUUUCCCAAAUUUAUGUCCAUUUCCUCGUCACGUUUUCCUUUAUGAAUCCCAAUUUAUGCGUAGAAGGUGACACAUUUCAAGCCCUUUUUGUUUUGGAGAUGAAAAGACUUGUUCAGUAAACCUCCUAAACAAUAAAUUCUAACCGGGAGCAUUUUCCUCUUGUUGCAAGAUGCCCCUCAAUCUGACACACUGGAGCUCUAAUGUGAUCUUGUUUCUGCGUUACAUGUCCAGGCAGAGAUGAAGUGUUUGUAAUAGAGCCCACAAUAUCUCUACGUGCAGCUGAAGGUUGUGUAAGGCAGUCUGUUUUUAUUUGUGCCACUUUGACCACUUGACCUCUAUUUCUUUCUUGUAUAAGACGCCGAGAAGAGCACUUCCUGGAAGAAUGAUUCCUGUUUUGGUUCGAUGGUUAUGAAAGGCCUGUGUGCUGUUCCCUCAUGACUCUGCAGGACACUGAUAUCUAACUUGGGAAACGUUCUACCACCAUCUUCAGGACUCUGGGGGAAGUGCUCCUGGUGUCUUCUCAGAGAUAUAAAAAUGAUUUACAGAUAAUUAUCGACUAAACAACACUUCAAGAUCUGCGUCAUUCAAAUGAUCUGCUUUUGUCUUUAAGUAUAAAUCAUAUUUCCCUCCAGGAAAUUGGUUUAUUUGGGCAAAAAUGUGGCUCAGUGCUGCAGUGAAGAUAGGAAAUGGAGACACAAUGUGACUCCAUGUGAGAGCGUAACACUCACUACAGCUUACUGUGAAGCUUUACAUACCACCGCUGGAUAAACUCUGUGGGAAUGUUGAUCUUCAGGCUCAAAGAAGAGUUUGGAGGAGAGGAAGGAAACAAAAGAACACAACAAAACAAGCAGCAAAAGAUUGUUCUCGAGCAGAUUUUAUUUGACUCAUUCAGUAUAUGUAUCAGUACAUUCAGUAUAUCUCCCACAUGUUCUCCCUGUGUCAGCGUGGGUUUCCUCCAGGUGCUCUGACAUGUUCUCCCCGUGUCAGUGUCGGUUUCCUCCAGGUGCUCCCACAUGUUCUCCCCGUGUCAGCGUGGGUUUCUUCCAGGUGCUCCAACAUGUUCUCCCUGUGUCAGCGUGGGUUUCCUCCAGGUGCUCUGACAUGUUCUCCCCGUGUCAGUGUGGGUUUCCUCCAGGUGCUCUGACAUGUUCUCCCCGUGUCAGUGUAGGUUUCCUCCAGAUGCUCUGACAUGUUCUCCCUGUGUCAGUGUGGGUUUCCUCCAGGUGCUCCCACAUGUUCUCCCUGUGUCAGCGUGGGUUUCCUCCAGGUGCUCCCACAUGUUCUCCCUGUGUCAGCGUGGGUUUCCUCCAGGUGCUCCCACAUGUUCUCCCUGUGUCAGCGUGGGUUUCCUCCAGGUGCUCCGACAUGUUCUCCCUGUGUCAGCGUGGGUUUCCUCCAGGUGCUUCGAAGACGGAUUGCAUCACAUCAGCGCAGCCAAGGCCGUCCCAUUUCAAAGGCUGAUUUUAAGUACAUCAUUUUGGUGAUAAUAUAUCUGUUCUUUUUAGUUUUUACAUUGUGUUGUUUGUACUUCUGCUUUAAAUAAGAGUCUGAAUCAUUCGUCACCUCUGGCUGGAGGAGCCCAGUAAAGCAGAGAGGGGGAGAUCAUACCUGAAAGAUUAAAGUCUUAUAAACCCGAGGCAGAAAACGUGGCCUUCAGGUCACCAGACUGGAUUGUGAAAUGACGUAUGCUGCCAGUCAGCAUUAAUUAAAUCCUCUGCGAGUGAGUGUGAAUGCUUUCAUAACACGGACAAGUGGUCUGAGCCCGUGUGGGACCUCAGCUGGUUUUCUCCUGCAUCAUGGCGAGCUGGUGGACGGCUGCAGACGCAUCAGACGGCCUGGACCUGGAGGAGAGCUCGAUAGUGUCUCGGGUGAUUCAGGCGGUCGGUCUGUUCGGAGAUAUUCUGUCACUGGAGGACACAAUGUUGUCCAAAGGCCAGAGUGAGGACAGGGCUGACGGCGCUGAAGGGACAGCGUCAGGGGAGGAGGGAAGUGUCCAAGAAGGAGAGGACAGGAAGGAAGAAGAUGAAGUGAUGAUGGAGGAAGACGAAGAGCAGAAGGUGUGGAGGGAAGGAGGAAAACAGAAGGUGGCGGACGUGGAGAGGAUUGAAGAAAAGGCGAGCAUGGAGGAGGAACUGGAGGAAGUAGAGGUACACAAGAAAGAAAAAGAGGACGAGAAGAAAGUAAAAAAUGGAGGUGAGGUAGGACAAAAAGAAAAGGAAGCAAUGGAGGAGAAAGGAAAUGAGGUAGAGGAUGAGAAAGAGGAAGGAAAGGAAGAGCGGGUGUUUGAAAAUGAGGUAGAAGAAGAGCAAGAAGACGAGGACAAGAUUAAGGAGGAGGAGACAGACGAAGGUGUAGGCAGUGUAAAAGGGGACGAUGGGGAGGUUAGGAACGAACGUCAGAGGGUAGAGGUAGAGGAGGGAGCAAAGGAAGAGACGGACAGAAAGGAGGAAGAAGAGGUACCUCGGGAUAAAAAAGACGAACUAGGAGAAGAAGAAAAGCCUAUAAAAGAUGAAGGGAAAGAAAAGGGGGAGGAGGUAGACAAGGAGGGAGAAAAGUACAAGGAAGCAAAAGAGGGAGACAAAGAGCUGAAGUCUCAGGAGGAAGAAGGAAAGGAGGUUUUGGAGGAGGGAAGAGAGGAUGAUCGAGAGGAGAUAGAUGAAGAAAGUGAAGAACGAAGGGAGAUAAAGGAAGAAGAGGAAGAUGAAAAGCAGGUACAGAUAGAGCGAAAGACUCAAGAUGAAGAAAAGGAUGAAAGUAGCGAGAAAGAGAAGAGCUGUGAUGAAGAUGAGGUUAAAGAAAGAGAAGAGCGAAAGGAGGAAGAGGAAGUAGGGACAGAAGAAAAGGAGGUUAUGGAGGAGGAUGACAGAGUAGAGAAAGAAGAGGUAGAUGAUGAAAGGACAAAACAAAGCAGGGGGUCAGAGAUGAAAGGACACGAAGAUGAAGAAAAGGAGAGGAAACUAGAAGAACAAAAGGUUGAUGGGACAAAAGAAGAAAAUGAGGGAGGAGAAGAGAUGGAGGAAAACAAAGAGCAGAGUGACGUAAAAGAAGACAAAAUGGACAGAAAAGGAGAAGAAGAGAAAGAGAAAGAGAGAGAACAACAAGAACAAAAUGUUGAUGAAAAAGAAGAAGAGAUCGAGGAAAAAGGAGAUAAUGCGGUUCACAAAGAACAAAAGGUUGAUGUAGAAGAAGAGGAAGUAGAGAAAAAUGUCAAAGAAGAGGAUGAAGUACAACAAAAUGUUGGUGUAAAAGAAGAAGAAAUAGAGGAUGAAGAAGAAAAUGAGCCAGAGAAACAAGAACAAGAAGAACAAAAGACUAAUGGAAAAGAAGACAAGAUGGACGAUAAAGUCGAAGACGAGGUGGAGAAUGAAGAACAAAAGCUUAAUGGAAAGGAAGAAGAGAUGACAGAAGAUGAAGACACUGGGGCAAAGAAACAAGAAGAAGAACAGAUUGGGGAAAAAGAAGAAGUGGAGGAAAAUGUCAGUGAAGUUGCAGAGAAUGAAGUGGAGCAAAGGGUUAAUGGAAAAGAAGAGAUGAAGGAAAAUGAUGGAGUUGAGGCAAAGAAACAAAAAGAACAGACUGAUGGAAAAGAAGAAGAGAUGGCGGAAAAAGAAGAAAAGGAGGCAGAGAAACAAGACCAAGAAAAACAGGUUGAUUUAAAAGACGAAGAGUUGGAGGAAAAAGUCAACGAAACUGCAGAGAACAAAGAGGAAGAAAAGGUUGAUAGAAAAGAAGAGAUGAAGGAAAAUGAUGGAGUGGCAGAGAAUGAAGAAGAACAAAAGCUCUGUGGAAAAGAAAAGAUGGAGGAAAACAAAGAAAAGGAGGUAAAGAAACAGGAAGAAGAAGAACAGAAGGUUGACGGAAAAGGAGAUGAUUUGGAGGAAAAAGUUGACAAAGUUGCAGAGCGCAAAGAAGAUCAGAGGGCUAAUGGAAAACAAGGAGAGUUGGACAAUAAAGUUGAAGUGGCAGAGAAUGAAGAAGAACAAAAGCUCUGUGGAAAAGAAAAGAUGGAGGAAAACAAAGAAAAGGAGAAGUAG